CCAUCUGAUGAUGAAUGAGUGAGCUAAUACUGAAAACAUUGAUCGACAUUCAUAUAUCAUUUUCAAUGAUUAUUAUUUCUAUUCACACAAACUUACACGUGUUAUUUGAAACUCCAUAAUAACGAUUAUAUAAAUAAGCUUUUAUCUUGCCGAAGACGAAGAAGAAGAAAAAAAUUGAUUAUUUGAUAUCAUUCAAAUUAUCAAAUCAAAUAUUAUCAAUCGGUCAUGUAUGCUUUAAAGCCCGUUUAUAAUUCAAUAAGUCCAUUCGAUUCGAAUGUUUUACAAACAUCAAUGUAUCCAAUGAAACCAUAUUAUUCGGAUAUAAUGAAUAACUUUGCCAAUGAUCAACAACAAUCAUCAUCAUCAUUGAUGGAGAUUAUUGAUCAUUCAUCAACCGAACGGUUAUCGAUACCAAACAAUUUAGAUUUGGAAAAAGAUCCUGAUGCAUGUAUGGCAUUGGAAGAUUUACUUUCACGACAAAUGUUAUUAUUAUGUCGAAUAAAUGAUCUGGAACGAGAAUUGAUCGAUGUGAAUGAUAUUCAAAUGAAACAGGAAAAAUUUGAAUCAAAAUUUAUUAAAAAAUUUACCGAAAAUUUUGAAGAUAUUGUCAUUCAUUUUGAUUUGGAUCAUCCACCAACAACACUGUUUAAAGUAUUGAAUUUUUUAAUUAAAGAUUCACCCGAAUUAUUUCUAAUCAAUUAUCAUGUUCAUUCAUCAUUACUUGAUGAUUCAAUGAUCAAACAAUUUCAUAUGAAACAACAAAAUUUUGAUGCUAAGCUUAAACAAAUCAAUUUUCAUUUCAACACUGUUCAAGAUUAUAGUGAACGUAUGAAUCGUAAGAUUAUCAUAACAUUUAUAGCAAAAAAAUUAUCCACCCCACAACAACCUGAUGAUAAUCAAAUGAUAGCUAUAUUUAAAUCUAAUCAACCUAUCAUUAAAGGUGAAUUAAAUAUUCUACAUCAUUUAUAUUCGUUGAUUUCGGCUAACAAUUCUUCUGAUGAACAAUUAUGGAAACUUUUAUUAUCAUCCGAUGCUAAUUUACAAUCCGAUCAAUUUUGUAUUGAAAAAUUGGGUCGAUUUUUUGUCAAUCUUGGUCAACGACAAUUUCUUUUCGAACAAAAACAACCACAAUUAAUCGAUAUUAUUAUAUGGAGUUUAGCCGAUCAAUCUCGUGCAUUACAUUCAUUAAUGGAUGCUAAAUGGUAUAAAAUUAUUGAAUCAAUUUUAAAAUGAUUAUGGUUGAUAUUUUGAUUUUAAAUUUUCGAAAA